AUAUAAAUGGUGACACCAAUCAUCGGUCGAGCAGUGAAUUUCAGUUGACAAGCGAGUUCACGACAAACGAAGAAUUCAAAAUGCGCUCUUUGCUCAGCACGGUUUUGUGCUUUUCCAUGGCCAUCUGCGUAUUAGCAACUAACUUCGAACGUGGCAAACGCCAGCCAGGCGACUACCUCUCCAUCAAUAAGAUCAUCGUUAAGAUUCCAAUCAUUUGGAAGCCCAUGGAAACCAUAAUCGACGUGAAGUGCCCGUCCAACGAAAUCAUCACCUAUGUUAGGAUUAGCAGUAUAGAUGGCAUUAUAAGUGGCAUUAUAGAUGGCAUUCACUUCGUACAACUUUCAGGUGAUGUCGGCACGACAUCCAUAUUAGUGAAGGCAAGAAGACGAUGGCACAAGAAAUUCGCGUUAACAGUACAAGGUUACUGCAUAAGUCUAAGCACAACAACAACAUCGGGACCGACAACAACAACAGAGGUACCUACAACAACAACAGAGGUACUUACAACAACAACAGCGGUACCGAUAACAACAACAGAGAUACCUACAACAACAACAGUGGUACCGACAACAACAACAGAGGUACCUACAACAACAACAGUGGUACCGACAACAACAACAGAGGUACCUACAACAACAACAGUGGUACCUACAACAACAACAGAGAUACCGACAACAACAACAGAGGUACCUACAACAACAACAGUGGUACCGACAACAACAACAGAGGUACUUACAACAACAACAGUGGUACCUAUAACAACAACAGAGGUACCUACAACAACAAUAGAAGUACCAACAACAACAACAACGGUACCAACAACAACAACAGUGGUACCGACAACAACAACUUCGGUGCCGAUAACAACACAUCUGUAACGACAACAACAAUGAGCUGAUAAUAACAACGGAAGAAACGACGCAGGAGUGGACAACGACACAGCAAACUACGACAUGGCAAAGUACGACGUCAAUUAUACCCGAUGAAAAUGAGCAGUAAAAAAAGAAUAAGCGAUACAUUUAAUGGCAACGACACCACUCUCGAUAACAAUAACGAAAUCUGGCCUGACAAUGACAAUAACGGAAUAGAAGAAGAAAUGCUUCUUUACAGAAGUUAUUAAUUAAGACUUAACACUGGUGUACACACGUUUUAAUUUUCAUUUAAGUGUUCUGAGUGUGUAACGAUUGCUAUGUACACGUGACUAAAUAAAGAAAAAAUAAAUAAGACGCAUCAUACGAAA